GGCAAGCCCUACAACACCUCUAGUGAUGUCUGGAGCUUGGGUCUGACGCUAAUAGAGCUAGCCACCGGUCGCUAUCCGAUUCCCGCCAUUGAAGAUGAGAGUCUCUACUUCUCCGGCUUCAGUCCUGAUCGUGAUACCAAUCUGAAAGAACAUAUCACGGCUGCUAGCGAAGGUCUUAAACUACGCCUCAUUUUUGACAUAGUUGCCGUUGUCGGCCUCGCCGCGAGCACUUUACGCAGCUUCAUGUCACAGCGUGAAGUCGGUACUCUGUUCUGUACUCAACUCAGAUAG